AUGAGGGACCGUUCGAACGCUUCUUCCAUUGACGGGUCAACGCCGGCAGCCAGCAACGGUGACCUUCAUCAUGUCGACGACGAGAAAGGUUCUGUCUAUGAAAAGGUGGACAUUGAGAAAGGACCCACUCUUGGUGCCGGUAUAAAAGAGACGGAAGCGCGCGAUCCGAAUAUUGUCGAUUGGGAUGGGCCAGACGAUCCCGAAAAUCCUCUCAAUUGGACGGCGAAGAGAAAGGUCACUGCGACGGUUUCCAUCGCCUUGAUCACUCUGCUCACACCUCUUGGCUCGUCAAUGUUUGCCCCGGGCGUUGGGCAGCUAGUCACUGAUUUCGAUAUCACCAGCACCGAGCUCGCCUCAUUCGUCGUUUCUGUAUACUUGCUUGGGUACUGUUUUGGUCCGCUUCUCAUUGCACCAGUCUCGGAAAUCUAUGGCCGUCGCGUUGUCUAUAAUGUGUGCAAUGUUCUCUAUGUUAUUUGGACCAUUGCCUGCGCUGUGGCUCCGGAGAUUGGCAGCUUGACGGUGUUUCGAUUCUUUGCUGGUUGUGCGGGAAGCUGUCCAUUGACGAUCGGGGCUGGCUCCAUUGCGGACAUGUUUGUUCAAGAGAAGCGAGGUAGCGCAAUGGCGGCAUGGGCUAUUGGUCCUCUUAUCGGACCUGUCAUUGGCCCCGUUGCGGGUGGAUAUCUCGCCCAGGCAAAAGGCUGGAGGUGGACCUUUUGGAUCCUUGCCAUGGCUAGCGGUGCUGUAGCAGUCAGUUCCUUCCUCACGGUCCGCGAAUCGUAUGCGCCCACUCUCCUCGCCCGCAAAACGAAGAAAUUGCAAAAGGAGACCGGGAACAUGAACUUACGCUCUGCUCUUGACACCGGCCGCACUCCCAAGGAUCUCUUCAUGUUUUCAAUUGUUAGACCGACCAAAAUGCUGUUCUUGUCGCCGAUCGUCUUCCUACUUUCUCUUUACGUUGCUGUCAUAUAUGGAUACCUCUACCUCUUAUUCACCACGAUCAGCGACGUUUUCGAAACACAAUACGGCUUUUCGCGAGGAUCUGUUGGGUUAUCUUAUCUGGGAAUUGGAAUUGGUUCCCUCAUAGGACUGAUUUGUCUCGGUGCAACGUCAGAUCGCAUAUUGAAACAUCUUUCCGAGAAAAAUGGAGUCAAGAAGCCCGAAUACCGAUUACCGGCAAUGAUUCCAGGAUCAUUUUUCGUGCCGGUGGCGCUCUUCAUGUAUGGCUGGACUGCCUACUAUAAAACACACUGGAUUGUGCCUAUCAUCGGCACAUCAUUUUUGGGCGUCGGAAUGUUGAUCUCUUUUAUGACGGUCAGCACUUAUCUUGUUGACGCAUUCACUAUCUACGCUGCGUCUGCUAUGGCCGCGAACACUGUCUUUCGAUCCCUCGCCGGCGCUCUACUUCCGCUUGCCGGACCCCAGAUGUACGCCACUCUCGGGUUAGGAUGGGGUAACUCCCUUCUUGGGUUCAUUGCUCUGGCUAUGUGCCCGCUGCCUAUCAUCUUCUAUGUGUACGGUGAGCGCAUUCGGACCAGCAAGCGUUUCCAAGUCCAAUUCUAG